AUGGAAUUGCACACGCCAAAGCGUGAGACGCGUCCCUUGACGGAAGCGUUGCCGUGCAGCCCACCGAUGUGCGACAGUAUGCUCUAUCCGUGGAACUGGGGCGAGGAGACAAGAAAUGUAAAUCUUAGCCCGGGUAGCUCGUGUUCUUCGCCGGAAUACAGAGAACAUAGCGUGGUGGCCACGCGAACCGGACCUCGAUCACGUUCUGGAGGUUCAGAGAGUCACCGUCGCGGUCGUCCAAGAGCCGAUGCUCUCUCGAAUCUUAUGAUGCAAGGAAGUACUUCACCGAGCAGCAUAAAAUGCACCUACUGCAGCCGUGUCUUUCCACGCGAGAAGAGCCUUCAAGCACAUUUGCGUACCCAUACAGGAGAACGUCCAUACCCAUGUGAUUAUCCUGGAUGUACAAAAGCUUUUACACAAUCUGGACAGUUAAAGACCCAUCAACGGCUGCAUACAGGAGAGAAGCCUUUUUUAUGUACAGAACCUGGCUGUGAAAUGAGAUUUACGCAUGCUAAUAGGCAUUGCCCAGAUCAUCCAUAUGCUACUCUUACACGAUCUGAUGAUUUUGUAUUAAAACCAGUAUCAGAGAAUACUGAAUUACCUCAUGAUGUUACAAGAUGGCUAGAGCGUUAUAAAAUGUCCAGAGAAAGAGAGGAUAGAACACCUACAGGGAAAAAUGAACGUAAAAAGAAAACAUGGAAGAGUAGUUCUGAGAAUCAUAAAAGAGUUAAGUCUAGAAAAGGUCUAAUGAUGGAUGCAACAGGAGAGCAAGAAAAUUUAGAUUGCAAACCAUCCAAUCAAAGAUUGUAUUGUGGAGAAAGUCAAGACAGCCAAGAAGAAAGUCAAGAUGAAGAUCCAGCAGUAUUACAAACAUCUGAAGAUGAAGAAAUAGCAACAAAGUUAGCAAUUACUCCCUUAAGAAGACCAUUAGAUAGACUUCAGCCAAAGAAAAGAUGGUUACGUGAAGCAUGCUUGGAGCAACAGUUAGCCAAACCUUUAAAUUGGGACACUAAACCUGUCAAUGUACCUACAACCAUUUCAUUUAAAAUUAAUGGUAACCAGAUGCAGUGGAGUUCACCUAUUGAUAAUUCAUCAGUCUCAUUAGAUAGUUCAUGUUUAAAUGCAUGUAAAGAACUUGAACUCACAAAGUCAGAGGUAGAUCCUUCAUACACAUCUACUCAUAUAUCUUGGGACACAGUUACUGAUAAUGAAUCUCUAGAACCACCUGCAAAGGAUGAACAUAACUACACAUUUGAGAUAUCAAAUACAUUAUCCCAAAAUAUUUGGAAUUCCUCACAACAUAAUGUGAAUAAUUUUUCUAAUACAAACCAAGUGAAAACUAAUAUUAAUCACUCUAUUUCAAAGCUUGAAUCUUCUGAAAAUUCAAAUCAUACAUAUUGGGAUAAUAAUUUAAUAAAUGAAACGCCCAAGUCUCCUUUAAAUCAAUCUAAUGUAAAAAUUAAAGAUUUUGUUCAACAAGAGGUGUUUAAACAAAACACAUUUAUGAACUCUCAUAUCAGUGAAAAUAUAACAAGACCAACUGUUUUAAUGUUAGCUGGAAGUUUUAAUAAUAAUAAUAAUAACAACAACAAUAACAAUAAUAAAGAUGCUAUUUCAAAAUUACCGCCAAUGGAAUCUGAAACAGGCUUAAAAGUAGUUGUUGUUAAGCAGGAGGAUAAUCUUAUCAAGUUACCAAUUCCUGAGGACAGUCAAAAAUGGUUAGGAGCAUUAGCUUUGAUGGAAUUAGCUAAAAAUCAAGAAGAGACAGGGAGAGGUUUGAGUCUAAAACAGAACAAAAAUGAAUGUUCUGUGAACACAGAGUUGAAUUAUUCCCAUUUAUAG